CCGUAACCGAGUCCUGUGACCGGAUCAAGGAGGAGUUCCACUUCCUGCAAGCCCAGUAUCACAGUCUUAAGGUGGAGUAUGACAAACUGGCCAAUGAGAAGACGGAGAUGCAGCGCCACUAUGUCAUGUAUUAUGAGAUGUCCUACGGGCUGAACAUAGAGAUGCACAAACAGACGGAGAUUGCCAAACGGCUCAACGCAAUUUUAGCUCAAAUUAUGCCUUUCCUGUCACAAGAGCACCAACAGCAGGUUGCUCAGGCAGUGGAGCGGGCUAAGCAGGUGACUAUGACUGAGCUGAAUGCUAUCAUCGGGGUACGUGGACUUCCCAAUCUGCCUCUCACCCAGCAGCAAGCUGCCUACCCUGCUCUCAUGCAGCAGCAGCUCCAGGCACAGCACCUCUCCCAUGCUGCUCACGGGCCUCCAGUCCAGCUGCCACCCCACCCCUCAGGCCUGCAGCCGCCUGGCAUCCCUCCUGUGACAGGCUCUGGAUCAGGCCUGCUGGCGCUAGGCGCCCUGGGCAGCCAAGCCCAUCUCCCAGUGAAGGAUGAGAAGAAUCACCAUGAUCUCGAACACAGAGAGAACACGAAUAACUCUAUAUCUCCAUCAGAAAGCUUACGCACAUCCAGUGAAAAGCACCGCAGCUCCUCUGACUACAGUUUGGACUCUAAGAAACGCAAAGUGGAGGAGAAGGACAGCAUGAGCAGAUAUGACAGUGAUGGAGAGAAAAGUGAUGACCUGGUGGUAGAUGUGUCUAAUGAGGACCCUGCCACUCCGCGGGCAAGCCCAGCUCACUCCCCACCUGAAAAUGGCAUCGACAAGCCUCGCCCUCCUAAGAAGGACACGCCCAACAGCCCUGCAUCAGUGGCGUCCUCUGGAAGCACCCCAUCCUCCAAGGCCAAGGAGCUCAGUCAUAAUUGACAAUCCUCUACGCCUGGCCUCAAGUCCAACACCCCCACCCCCCGCAACGACGCCCCCACCCCUGGCACCAGCUCCACUCCUGGGCUCAGACCCAUCCUGGGCAAACCACCAGGCAUGGAGGCUCUUGCAGCAACCGCUGUCCUUACCCCGUUUGCAUGUCUCAUCGCUUAGGCCUGCCUAGCCCGUUUACCCUUUGCCAUGAUGGGCCAUCAUGAAAUGAAUGGAGGCCUGACUAGUCCUGGUGUGUAUGCUGGUCUGCACAUCUCGCCUCAGAUGAGCGCUGCAGCAGCUGCAGCCUAUGGACGCUCCCCCAUGGGAGGAUUUGAUCCUCACAGCCACAUGAGAGCUCCAGGACUUCCUGCCAGCCUCACAUCCAUUUCUGGUGGCAAACCGGCUUACUCCUUUCACGUCAGUGCAGAUGGUCAGAUGCAGCCUGUGCCCUUCCCGCCCGAUGCCCUGAUCGGUCCCGGUAUUCCCCGCCACGCCCGUCAGAUCAACACGCUGAGCCACGGCGAGGUGGUGUGCGCUGUUACCAUUAGCAACCCAACACGUCAUGUCUACACUGGUGGCAAAGGUUGUGUCAAAAUCUGGGACAUCAGCCAACCUGGCAGCAAGAGCCCCGUGUCCCAACUGGACUGUCUGAACAGGGAUAACUACAUCCGCUCCUGUAAGCUGCUGCCUGAUGGCCGCACAUUGAUUGUUGGAGGUGAGGCCAGCACAUUGACCAUCUGGGAUCUAGCCUCUCAGACACCCCGUAUCAAGGCAGAGCUCACCUCCUCAGCGCCGGCAUGCUAUGCCUUGGCCAUCAGCCCCGAUGCCAAAGUCUGCUUCUCCUGCUGCAGUGAUGGAAACAUUGCCGUUUGGGACCUGCACAACCAGACCCUCGUUAGGCAGUUCCAGGGUCACACGGAUGGUGCGAGCUGUAUUGACAUAUCCCAUGAUGGCACUAAACUGUGGACAGGCGGUCUGGACAACACUGUUCGUUCCUGGGAUCUGAGGGAGGGUCGACAGCUGCAGCAGCAUGACUUCACUUCACAGAUCUUCUCCUUGGGCUACUGUCCGACCGGAGAGUGGCUUGCUGUGGGCAUGGAGAGCAGUAAUGUGGAGGUGCUCCACCACUCAAAGCCUGACAAGUAUCAGCUCCACCUGCACGAGAGCUGUGUCCUCUCCCUCAAGUUCGCCUACUGUGGUAAAUGGUUCGUAAGCACUGGGAAGGACAAUCUGUUGAAUGCUUGGAGGACUCCUUAUGGCGCCAGCAUAUUCCAGUCCAAGGAAUCCUCAUCUGUCCUGAGCUGUGACAUCUCAACAGACGACAAGUACAUUGUGACAGGCUCUGGUGACAAGAAGGCCACUGUAUAUGAAGUGAUCUACUAGAACGGACUGCUUUGGAUCAGAGCAUGCUCAUGCUCAGGAACAGUAGACUCUUCCUCCAUCUACCUUCCCUCACACAGACAGCAUGGAUGUUGCCUGCAGCCCCGGGGUGGAUGGGCAGGAAGUUUGGCAGUGCCAGACUGAAAUGGACGUUGGCGCUGUUGUGGCCCUGGAUGCUGUGACCUUUUUGGCUCUGUCCUUCCUCACUCAUAUAACUAACACUUGUACAGCAAGUGCAGUUCCCCAAGGCACUAAGAAGAAAAUAAUGUCUUGCUGUUUUUCUGUUUGUUGGAUAUUUCUUUUUUAUUCGUCCUUUUUAAUGUGGAGAUAAAGUUCCAUGGCACAACUAGAAGCGGCGCUUCGCUCUGGAGCUUCUCCUUGGAGGUCCUGUGAAAAGUGUACAUAAUGGAGUAAUAAAAGGCCUUUUAUAGAUUUAUAUUUUGGUGUCCAGUUACGCUUGUGAUGGUUCUUUCUUGUUCUCUCUCCGUGAUUUUCUGUCCCCUCUGGGGAUGGAAAUUAGAUUAGGACUUUGUAAGAGGAUAUUUUAUUUCAGUUUUUUCCCUCCUCUGCUUUUUUUUCAUGUUCGUUGUCCAGAAUGACCUUUUUGGAAAUCUAAUUUGGAUUUUUUUUCUCCCUGACAACGGCAUUUUUUUCCUUCGCUAUUUGCUGUAACACAUACGUUUGUCCCAUGGAUUUUAGCAGUGGAGAAUUCUGGAAAAACCCUUUUUUUCACACUGGAAGAAGGAGAAAAUCAUGGUUUCCAGUUACUUCUACACUUUGACCCUCGUCAGCAGAAAUUCACCUUUGAAAUGAAGACCUAUCACUGAAAACUGGCUGCUUUCUAUGACAUUAAAAUGGAUAACUAUCAACUGGAGGACUGGUGGAUUUUAUGGAGAAGCAGCUGUGACUUCAUUUCAGCCUGUUGACUCGACUAUUGUAUGAAUCUUCAUUUCUCCACUCAGCGAAAUUUAGUCAUCAGUCAAGAGUUAAUUAUUGCCUCUCUUGUUUGACUCUCUGUGACUGAUAUGCAAGACUUACACGGUUACUCAUGAAGGUGGCAGGCAAAGCCAUCACCACAUUUGACAUUUUGGUUAUGCUCUGUUUGCUUUCUUCAGUAUUUCAUAAUAUUUGACUACAAUCUUCUCAUAGACAGGAAUGGUCUCUGCAUAAACACAAGUUAGACUGUGUAGCAUACACGUUCAUCAUCCCUAAGGAUUGUACAGUUGGCAGUUGUUGAUAAAUCAAUAAACUGUUUUUAUAUAAAAA